AUGUCAGCAACUGUUGUUCAUGUUAUGAAUCGCAGUAUUGAUUCAAAACUAAAAUAUGAGAGAGAAAACAUGAUUCAACUGGCAAUCAUUCCUGGGCCUAAACAUCCAGAAAACAUUGCAUCUUUUCUUGAACUAAUUGUAGAAGGUUUGCAUAUGUUGCAGACUUCUGGUCUGAGAGUUCAGACAAUUUCUGGACAAAGAUACAGUGUCAAUGGUCCCAAUGUUUCUAGGAAUCUCAACACAUUGACAAGUCUUGCUUUCUUUGGGCUUGACAUGAUGCAUCUCAUUGGCCAUUGGAUCAGUCAUCAGCUAUACAAUGCAUUGAAUAGCAAGUUUGUUAUGAUCAAUGACACUGAGAACAAUGAAGUUCAACAAUCAGAUUUUGAUCAGCAGCAACAACAACAGCAUCAGGAUGAACAGGAUAAUGUAUACAUGUUUGCUUUGCAUAUUGGACUUGACCAGAUUGACAGCUGUAUUGGCAAGCCUAGACCAGACAUCCCAGCAAACUUUACUGGCAGCUGGAGAUUGCUGAAGGAAACAACGGGCAGACAGAAGGCAGUCAACUGGCUCGAAUUCCUUCUGUUUGUUGUACCAACAGUUGUGGUUCAUAAGUUUGUUUUUGCCAGAACCAGACGUGCUGUUUUGGACCUAGUUCUAGCAUACUCUAUUGCUCAGCAAUGCGAAGGGACAGAAGAAGAAAUCCAUACAAUGGAAAGAGCCAUUGGUCACUGGCAUUUCUUCCUUCGUUGUGAAAUCCAAGAAAGAAAAUUAAAACCUAUUAUAUUUGUAAUGAACCAGCAUAUGCUAGUUUAUCUCAGUUACAUGUGCAUACCAAGCUGCAAUUGGGUUCUGGAAGGACACUGGGAAGAACAUGAAAAAUAUCCUUCUUUGCAAAGCUGGGUACAGCAUUGCCUUGGCAGUCGGGUAGCUCGAAGAAGACUAGCUGAUAGGAGGACCAGCAACUUUGAGAUUGCGAGUAAUGAUGUUGCUGGCUCUCAGCUUUGGUCAAACCUGGUCAGAAAGACUCUUGCUGCCAUAGCAAUCGAUUGUGAUAUGAACUAUCACAAUUUGUGUACAGAGUCCGGACUUCUUUUGACAGCAGACAUGUUUGAGACAAUGACCUUGUUGUGCUCAAACACCUGGAAGAUUAAUGUGUGUGUCACUGGAAAAACUGCCCUGAUUAACAAUGUGGCCAGAUUGGUAAACACAUGUGCAGAAAUAGUGAUUUUUUUUGACUCAAAAAGAACUUGUUAG